AGGCUCUCACUCUCUUUCCGGGUGUGUGUGUAUGGCGCUGAUGGUGCAGCUCUGGAGCCGGGGCAGAGCUCUCUCCAGGGUCUGGGGCCGCCAGGCUUUCCCCGAUACCCCGUUCCACUUCGGCUCCAGGCAGCAGCUCACACCCCGGAACUUGGCGGCAGCAACCCCGGCGUUCAGUAAAGAUCUUUGUCCGAUAUGGAAGUCUACACAAUUCUCCAUGCACAAUCUGUGCUGCUUCAGUACAAUGCCUCCAUCUCAGUCCAAAAAGAAAUCAAGUAGUGGAACGAGAAAGAGUGGGCCUGUAACAUGGAAGUCGCUAACAAUCACUUUUGCUGUUGGAGGAGUACUGUUGGCUGUCAUGAAGUACUUUAAAAAAGAAAAAGAAGAAAAGCUUGAAAAGGAGCGAACGCGCAGUAUUGGGAAGGCUGCACUUGGAGGACCCUUUACACUCAUCGAUCAUACAGGACAGCUGAAGACAGACAAAGACUACCUUGGACAGUGGGUUUUAAUUUAUUUUGGGUUCACACACUGUCCAGACAUCUGUCCUGAAGAACUGGAGAAAAUGGUCACUGUUGUGGAUGAAAUAGAUAAAAUACCCACAUUGCCAAAUCUGACUCCACUUCUGAUCACAAUAGAUCCUGACCGGGAUAAUGUUGAGGCGAUGGCAAGAUAUGUCCAAGAGUUUUCUCCAAAGUUAAUUGGCUUAACCGGGUCCCAAGGGCAAAUAGACCAGGUAUCAAGGGCGUACAGAGUCUAUUAUAGCCAAGGACCUAAAGAUGAGGACAAUGAUUAUAUUGUUGACCACACAAUAAUCAUGUAUCUUGUUGGACCCAGCGGUGAAUUUGUGGAGUACUACGGCCAGAACAAGACGAGUUCUGAGAUUGCGAGUUCUAUAGCGUCACACAUGCGAAGCAUCAAACACAAGUAAUGCUAAUAUUUCAUUUGUAAAGGAAAACAGCUACAUCAACCUGACCAUUUCUGUGAAAUAAAGAAUAUCAUUUUGAAUUUUAAAAAA